UUGGUAGAACUUUGAGAAGCUAAAGUUAGCAAAACAACAAAGUUUUAUAGAGAACAACUGAUUUACCUAAAAGAGUUAGUAGUUUGCUUUUGAUAUUUAAAUAGAAUUUAAAGCUUAUUACUAAAUGACCUAUUAUAUAGGUUUGUUAACUGACUGGCAGUGUAAUUAACGUUUCGUUGCUACUAGUUAUGAAUAGUUAAAGGUGUGUUAGCCCUUACAGCUAGCUGACUGACUUGCUUUCUAAAGAUGCCCAAAACCAGAUCAAAACAACAACAAUGAAGGAAUUUGAAGGAGAAUUAACACGAACAGAUGGACGAAGGGAGGAGAUUGUUGACCUCAACUGGAAGCACUUUUGGAAGAGCAGCCUGUUCACGCUGCUCAGAUGAUGUCCUGGCUGAGCUGUGGCACAGUACUCCAGUUAAAAGGAAGGAGGAUGAUGCUGCACGUGAUGGUGGCCAAGCAUCUGGUAUAACUAACUUCAAGAUGGACAAUCCAGCUUCACAAUGGGGCAGAGGUCCUUCCACCAUCCCUGCGGACACCUGCUUUCCUCACAGUGUGCCGGAAACUGAGUUUCCUGUCAAAGACCUGAGUGGCUCCACCAUCCGGAGGCAGAGGAGGGAGCUCCAGCUGCUGAUGGCUGAGCUGAAGGACAGAGAGAGGGAGCUGAAUGCUAUGGCUGCCUCUCAUUAUAAGCAGCAUCAGGCCUGGGUUGAGGACCGCCAGAGGGUGCUGAUGUUGGGGCAAAAAUGUGCUCGGUUGGAAGAGGAGUUGCAGAAACGCACCGAGGUGAUCGGAGUCCUGACUACACAGGUGUGCGUUGUGGAAACCAGAGAGAAGGUGGUGCAAAAGGAGCUCAGCAAAGCCAAUCAGCAGCUCUGUGAGCUAGAAAAGGAACAACGACACAUCAGUGAAAAAUGUCAGGACUAUGAGGAAAAGAACCAGAGUCUCAGCUCCACGGUCAUGGCUCUGUCCACUCAGGUCGGCUCUCUGCAGGUCAAAGAGGAAGAACUGAGUUCGAUGCUCAAACUAAAAGAUAAAGAUGUGACAGAAGCCUCGAGUCACCUACUAGAACUCUCAGGGCAGCUUCGAGACCUGGAGACUGCCCUGAAAGAGAGUCGCUCACAAGAAAGCAAGCUCCUGAGAGACCUGGAAGAUAAUAAACGUAGACACAAAGAAACCAAACACGAGGUCACACGGCUCAAAGAGGAGCUGCAGCAGCAGGUGACACAGAGCAGCACCCAGAGAGAAGAGAUCAUCCGUCUGAAACAGGAGCUCCAGCUGCUUCACACAGAUCUGGCUCUGACAGGGGAGGGCGACAGCUGGAAAGACGAGCUGCUGGAACUUUCCCGCUCCAAACAGGAACGAAUCAUGUCUGAGCUGCGCUGCCUGCAACAGAUGUGUGAGAAUCAGAGGAAUGACCUCCAGCUGCUGCGGCUCAACCAGGAAAGUUCACGAGAAACUCUUAGGGAGAAAACAAGUCAGGGAUUACUCAGCAGCCAGGAUUUGCUAACAUGUAACUGUGCUGACCGUCGGUCACCUUCAUCGCACAGAGGGAAGAACCUGAAACCUGUUCGCGAUUCUCUACCAACAGCUGAUCCACAACACUCAACCAGAGAACUGGGAGCCCAUUCAGCACAUCUGACUGAUGGGGUUGAUCAUCUGUCCUCAUGCUCUCUGCAUCAGCUGUUGGACGAGUCCAGUUUGCUCAUGGCAGCAUCAGAGAGCAGCAGCUCCAGACGCCACAGCUGUUUGCAGCAUUUUGGUCCUACUCUGAGCUGUGGGACCUCAGAUCCACUUUACUUUCAUGAGUACCAGACACCCCACCACCUCCCAAAUACCCCGAUACUCAAGCAGACCAGUGAAACUCCACCCAAAGCCUGUCCACGUCACGGUUCCAGCCAGCCUGCCAGCCAUGUGGAUGGCUUGAUUUAAAUGAAAAGGAUUUUUUUUCCUAAUGAAAGUUUUCAGUGUGUAUCAGUGACACCAACAGC